AAGCCAACACCCACAGGGUUAAACCUAGUUACUGAAGCCACCCCCCUUCCCCUCCCAGUCCCCCUUUUCACAGUAAUCUGGCAGCUGUCUCAAGUUCCUACCAUAGCCAAAUGCUUGAGGAGAGAGAGAGUAAGGAGCCAGCUAUGAACCCCUUCCGGAAAAACGAGUCCAAGGAAACUUUUUUUUUACCUGUCUCCACUGAUGAGGCAUCACCUCAACCCCCCAGCCUCCCAAAGAAGCCACCUCCGAAAAUCUGUGGCUCCAACUAUCCACUGAGCAUUGCCUUCAUCGUGGUGAAUGAAUUCUGUGAGCGCUUUUCCUUCUAUGGCAUGAAAGCUGUGCUGACCCUGUAUUUCCUGUAUUUCCUGCACUGGAGUGAAGACACCUCCACAUCUGUAUACCAUGCCUUCAGUAGCCUCUGUUAUAUCACUCCCAUCCUGGGAGCAGCCAUUGCUGACUCAUGGUUGGGAAAAUUCAAGACAAUUAUCUCUCUCUCCUUGGUAUAUGUGCUUGGCCACAUGAUCAAAUCAUUGGGUGCCUUACCAAUACUGGGGGGACACAUGGUACACACAGUCUUAUCAUUGGUCGGUCUGAGUCUAAUAGCUUUGGGAACAGGAGGUAUCAAACCCUGUGUGGCAGCUUUUGGUGGAGACCAGUUUGAACAAAAACAUGAACAGGAACGAGCUAGAUACUUCUCAGUCUUCUACCUCUCCAUCAAUGCAGGGAGCUUGCUUUCUACAUUUAUCACACCCAUGCUGAGAGGAGAUGUGCAGUGUUUUGGGGGAGACUGCUAUGCACUGGCUUUUGGAGUUCCAGGAUUGCUUAUGGUAAUAGCUCUUGUUGUGUUUGCAAUUGGAAGCAAAAUGUACAAAAAAACACCUCCGGAAGGAAACAUAUUGAGUCAAGUUGUCAAAUGUAUCUGGUUUGCUGCUUCCAACCGUUUCAAGAACCGUUCUGGGGACAAUGCAAAGCGAGAGCACUGGCUAGACUGGGCAGCUGAGAAAUACCCAAAGCAGCUCAUUAUGGAUGUGAAAGCACUGACCAGAGUACUAUUCCUUUAUAUUCCAUUGCCCAUGUUCUGGGCUCUUUUGGAUCAGCAGGGCUCACGAUGGACCUUACAAGCCACCAGGAUGAAUGGGAAUUUGGGUUUUAUUGUGCUUCAGCCUGAACAGAUGCAGGUACUAAAUCCCCUUCUGGUUCUCAUCUUCAUCCCACUGUUUGACGUUGUCAUUUAUCGUCUGGUCUCCAAGUGUGGAAUUAAUUUUUCAAGGGAAGCAAAGUGCCAGGGAAGCGCUGAGAAGGAAGAAAGUCCUUCCUGCUGCCAGGGUCAAGAAAGACUUCUGAAGAGGAAAAUGAGAUCUCUGAGGAAAAUGGCUGUUGGGAUGAUCCUAGCGUGCUUGGCAUUUGUAGUUGUGGCAGUUGUAGAGAUAAAAAUUAAUGAAAUGGCCCCACCCCAGCCAGGCCCCCAAGAGAUUUUCCUCCGAGUCUUAAAUCUGGCAGAUGAUGAGGUGAAGGUGACAAUGAUGGGAGAUGAAAACAAUUCUCUGUUGGAACAGUCCAUCAAAUCCUUUCAGAAAAUGUCACACUAUUCUAAAUUCCACCUGAAGACAAAAAGCAAGGAUUUUCACUUCCACCUGAAAUAUCACAAUUUGUCUGUCUACACUGAGCAUUCUGUGAAGGAGAAGAGCUGGUACAGUCUGGUCAUUCGAGAAGAUGGGAAAAAUAUUUCCAGCAUGAUGGUGAAGGAUGCAGAAAACAUAACAACCAAUGGGAUGUCAGCUGUGAGGUUUGUUAACACUUUGCAUAAGGAGGUCAAUAUCUCCUUGGGUACAGAUAGUCCACUCAGUGUUGAUGAAGACUACGGUGUGUCUGCUUACAGAACUAUGCAAACAGGAGAAUACCCUGCGGUGCAGUGUAAAACAGAAGACAAUGGCUUUUUGCUGAAUUUGGGCCUUCUAGACUUUGGUGCAGCGUAUCUGUUUGUUAUUACUAAUAGCACCAAUCAGGGUCCUCAGGCCUGGAAGAUGGAAGACAUUCCAGCUAACAAAAUAUCCAUUGCAUGGCAGCUACCACAAUAUGCCCUGCUUACAGCUGGGGAGGUCAUGUUCUCUGUCACAGGACUUGAGUUUUCUUAUUCUCAGGCUCCCUCCAGCAUGAAAUCUGUACUCCAGGCAGCCUGGUUGUUGACAAUUGGAGUUGGGAAUUUCAUUGUGCUUGCUGUGGCCCAGUUCAGUGGCCUAGUACAGUGGGCCGAAUUCAUUAUGUUUUCCUGCCUUCUGCUGGUGGUCUGCCUGGUCUUCUCCAUCAUGGCCCACUACUAUGUUCCUGUAAAGCCAGAGGAUAUUCAGGAGCUGGCAGAGAAGCAGAUUCCCCAUAUCCAGAGGAAUAUGAUCAACCAGAAGACCAAGAGCACAAAGCUCUAACGGCUCCCAAGACUCCGCCCAGACCCAUAUUCCUGGCUCUCGGCUUGGCCAUCACCAAACUUCAAGCAUUUGUUCUCCUGUUUGGUUAGGAGAGAGGUAGCAUCAUAUCUGAGCUGAUAUCCUCCACUUUUCUCCCAUGAUAGAGGCAGUUCUGGGCUUUCCACUAUAUUGAAGAGCAAGGUCCCUGAGACUCUAUGUCUUCCCAUCUAUCAGUGAACUCAGUAAACCUUGUGUAGUGUUGCGGAAAUUGGUCUGGUGUCUCCAAACGGCCAUGAAAAACAUAAGUGUAUAAUUGUGAUUAGUUAUGUGAGAAUUCCUUUACCUGCUAUUUAGAACUGAUGGCCCCACUUUUUGAGAUGCUGAGUUAGGGGCAAAAUUGCAGAAUAACAGAGAAUAGUAUUUUAACUUUCUUUGUAAGCAAUAUAAUUGUGUUAUUCACAAGGACCUCAAGAAUUGGUACAUCUGAUGUGAUCUGGUCCAACCUGGCCUAUCAGCUAUCCAAGUUUGAUAAAACCUUAGUAAAAUUUUCAGUACAGCUGGUAAGAGCUAGAAUGAUAUUUUAUUAACACACAGGAGAGGAUAUAACUUUCUGAUAAUUACAGUAUUUUAUUUACUAACCCAAACAACCCUUUAUCGGUACUGAUAGAUCUUUGGAAAUCAAAUUAAAGAUAGUCAACAUUGGUAAACAUGGUUCUGGAAAACAGGAACAGGUAUGAAUUGUAGAAAUACUGAUGAGGCAUUCUUCUAUAGUGCACAUUCUUCUUAGGGACUACAAUAUUUCAGCCUGGCUUAUGCCCUCCUGUGGACAGUUGUAUAGACACUAAUUAUAAUUUUGAAACCCUGUCUUUUCAAUGUUGUUAGGCCAGCUUUUUCUCAUCAUUGCAUCAUGGCUUGCUCAAUGCAAAAAAUAUUUAAUAACUAAUAUUUUUAUGAAUCCAUCUUCUUUUUUUGUUAUUACUCCCUUCAGCCUCAAAGAAGUGCGUCCAUUUUUGAUAAUUUUUCUUGUCUUACUUUUCCCACAAUUUUUAAAUGCCAUUUCUUCAUUUAUACCUGGAAGUUUCUUGUUUAUUAAAAAACUUAUAUUAAUACUCUA